CCCCGAUUUGGUUCCAUUCCGUGCCGAUCUCGCGUUUCGCCCACACUACACUCGAGGCCAAUCGAGACAACAUGGGCGCCUCGCCGGCUCCCUCCAAGACGGCGCGGUCCGGGAGCGAGUCCCCCGCACCACAGGUCGCUCCUCCUGGAUCCUACUCCCUUGCUGAUGUCAUACCCGGCGUCAAGAUCUUUGUCGCCAAGCCCCUCCCCGGAGGUGGCAUGGAGCACCGCAAGGCCGAGGUGCUGUCUACGCGGCCCAAGCCCGUGUCGGCGUUUGCGCCCAAGCCGGGUCCGAACGACCCCCAAGCCGAUCCGCGCGACGACACAGAGUACUACAUCCACUAUGUCGAGUUCAACAAGCGUCUCGACGAGUGGGUGGGCGGGUCGCGCCUGAUCACGGACAAGGAGAUGGAGUGGCCACGGCCAAAGGAGGAGCCGAAGAAGCAGAAGACGGGCAAGACGCCGAGCAAGAGCGGCGCAGCGAGCCCGCGGGGCACAAAGAUGGGAGGAGCGACGCCCAAGAGCCUGCUGAAGAAGGCUGCGACCAAGGCCGCGAGCCAGGUCGGCAAGGCGCCGACCAAGGGGCGCAAGAGCAAGGUCGAGGAGCCGGGGACGGACACGGACGACGCGGACGCGGACGGCGAGGACGAGGACGCUGACGGCGACGUGAUUAUGGAAGACGGCGAGGCGGUAGCAGCAUCCGAUCCGACCGCGGGACCGGCCGUCUUCUCCAAGAAGCAGGAGAUUGAGAAGCUGCGCACGUCGGGCUCAAUGACGCAGAGCCACAGCGAAAUCUCGCGCGUCAAGAACCUCAACAAGCUCCAGAUUGGCAAGAACGAGGUCGAGGCGUGGUAUUUCUCGCCUUAUCCAGCCGAGUACGCCCACCUGCCCAAGCUGUUCAUUUGCGAGUUCUGCCUCCAGUUCUAUCCGAGCCUCACGCAGCUCACGCGUCACCGCACAAAGUGCACGCUGCAGCACCCCCCGGGCAACGAGAUUUACCGCAGCGGCAACAUAUCAUUCUUCGAGAUCGACGGACGCCGGCAGCGCACAUGGUGCCGCAACCUGUGUUUGCUCAGCAAGUGCUUCUUGGACCACAAGACGUUGUACUACGACGUCGACCCCUUCCUCUACUACUGCAUGACAGUGAAAGACGAGUAUGGCGACCACCUGAUCGGCUACUUUUCGAAAGAGAAGGAGAGCGCCGAGGGCUACAACGUCGCGUGUAUCCUCACGCUGCCGCAGCACCAGCGCAAGGGAUACGGCAAAGUGCUCAUCGAGUUUUCGUACGAGCUCUCCAAGGUCGAGGGCAAGCUCGGCUCGCCCGAGAAGCCGCUCUCAGAUUUGGGAUUGCUCAGUUAUCGCGCGUACUGGCAGGAGAAGAUUGUCGAGCUGCUCCUUGAGAGCGAGGACGAGAUCAGCCUCGACGAAAUCGCACACCGCACAGCCAUCACGCACGGCGACAUCAUGCACACGUGCCAGGCGCUCCAGAUGAUAAAGUACUACAAGGGGCAGCACAUCAUCCAUCUCACCGACGCCGUGCUCGAGCAGUACCAGAAGACGCGCGCCAAGACAAAGUACACGAUCGACCCGGAGGCGUUGAAGUGGAAGCCGCCUGUCUUUACGCGUUCCCAGCUCACCUUUGGUUUCUAGACUGUUCAUCUCGGCCUCGGGCUCUCGGUCUCCCAGCUCUCUCCAGCAUUGUAUCAUAUCCCAUGUUGUAGUCUUGCUCGCCAUCUCCAGUGGUAUCCAUGCAAUCUCUAUCUCUACAUCU